CAAUCAAAAGAGCUAUAUUGUCCGGCUUGGUAACCCAUGUUGGCAUGGAAUUUAAAAUUUUGGAUGAAGCUUGGGCAUUUUGGCUUAGCUGUGGUGGUCAAAAGGGCUUUGAGGUCCGAAAAAGGUAUACGAACAAAAGGUCCGUAGAUGACAAGCUAAUCGGCCUGCAGCGGUGCGACAACAACGGCGUGGCGCAGCCGACCACCACCAUGGAGAUGGGUGUGCAGGUCAUCGACGUGGGGUUGCUGCGCACGUAUGCCGAGGUGAUCAUCACGGGCGACGACUCGAGGAGGCCGACGAACAGGACGCCCUUAGACCGGCAUGGCGGGGGAGACUAUGUAGCACGCGUUGCUCUGGUUGCCCUGUAUCCUGGAUGCCGCCGACCACAGGGGCUCCGGCUGCACGUGUUUCCCGGCCGCCUCCGAGCAGGAGGGCUCUCGCGAUGUGUUGCUUUGUAUCCCGGCCACCGCGGACAGUGAGGGCUCCCUCUGCACGUGUUGCUUUGUUUCCCAGCCGCCGCUGACCACUCGGGCUCCGUCUUCACGUGUUGCUCUGCGUCCAUUGCUCCUUUGGCGACGGUGAGGACGCACCGAGAGCUCAUUCUACCAUGACGGAGAACUGGAUUUUUAAAUUUGAGAGGGAUAACGGGAAUUCUAGGGGAACGAGGAGAUUAUUGAAAUUAGGAGGUCAUCGUAGUCUGGAUAUUUUUAUUGUUUUUCUUUUCGGUUUCAUACUACUAUUGGAUUUUGUUGUUUCUCACUAAGAGCUAUUCGACUUAUAAUCCCAA